GCCGCUCGGUGCGAUGCAGUCGCUCGGCGAGCCGAGGCCGGCGCUGCGCUCCUAGGCCGCGCCAGGAGCCGCUCUCCGGGGGCCGCGCGUUCUCUGCCGCCGAGCGCGGCCGCGGAGCUGCGGGCAUUGCCGGAGGCCGGCGCGCCGUUACUCAGCAGAACCGGCACCCCUCCCCCGCCGGCCCCGCGCUCCAGCCGUCGGGAAGGUGCGGGGCCGCGCUUGGAGCCGCCGCGCGGAGCGCCGGGCGCAGACUAGAAGAUGAAUAAUCUUUCCUUUAGUGAACUGUGUUGCCUGUUCUGUUGUCCACCAUGCCCAGGAAAAAUUGCCUCCAAACUGGCAUUCUUACCUCCUGAUCCCACGUACACACUCAUGUGUGAUGAAAGUGGUAGUCGAUGGACUUUACAUCUCUCAGAGCGAGCAGACUGGCAAUAUUCUUCUAGAGAAAAAGAUGCUAUUGAAUGCUUCAUGACUAGAACAAGUAAAGGUAACAGGAUUGCCUGUAUGUUUGUGCGUUGCUCACCUAACGCCAAGUACACUUUGCUCUUCUCACAUGGAAACGCUGUUGACCUAGGUCAGAUGAGCAGCUUUUACAUAGGACUGGGUUCACGGAUUAAUUGCAACAUAUUCUCAUAUGAUUAUUCUGGAUAUGGUGCGAGUUCUGGGAAGCCAACAGAGAAGAAUCUCUAUGCUGACAUUGAUGCUGCUUGGGUGGCUCUUAGGACAAGGUACGGCAUCCGCCCUGAAAAUGUGAUUAUAUACGGUCAGAGUAUAGGAACAGUACCAUCAGUGGAUCUUGCUUCUAGGUAUGAAAGUGCAGCUGUAAUUCUUCAUUCUCCACUGACCUCAGGAAUGCGAGUAGCUUUUCCUGACACGAAGAAGACAUAUUGCUUUGACGCAUUCCCAAACAUUGACAAAAUUUCUAAAAUAACGUCUCCUGUGUUAAUAAUUCAUGGGACUGAAGAUGAAGUAAUUGACUUUUCACAUGGCCUAGCACUGUUUGAACGUUGCCAGAGACCUGUAGAACCACUGUGGGUAGAAGGAGCGGGCCAUAAUGAUGUGGAACUCUAUGGACAGUACCUUGAAAGAUUAAAACAGUUUGUGUCACAGGAACUGGUGAACUUGUAGCAUUCUUUGUAUAUUUACAUGCUUUUUCAUUUCACUGCAAAACUCCCUGCCUCGAUAAAUACAUAACAAAAGACCUGAAAGUUGUGUUUUCAAAUCAUCUUGGUUGCCUUCAUUAAAUGUACAGGUAAUGAUUUGUCAACAUAAUUAAUGAAGGUUUUAAUGCCAGUAUUAUAAACUGGAAUUACGUGAUAAUGCAGUCAAGCUUGGCAGUUCAUAUGACUCUGUGUGAGAUUUUUCCUUCUUAGAUGUAAAAAAAAAAAAAAUCACAAGGAGUACUGUAUGAACUUUUAAUUAUAUAAAAUCAAAUGCUGUAAAAGUGUUGCCAAAUGCUUUAGCAUAUCAAAAACAAGUUUAUAAAUAUUUUUUAAACAUCUCAAAAUGUACUGUGACUUAUUCUGUUGCACAGGUGUAUAUUAAAAAACAGAGUUCUCAGCAGUUGUUCUGUAAAAAUGUAAUAGCCAUGAAGUUUGAGCAAAUAGUGUAUGUAAUGAGAACGAACAGUCACUGGAAAUGACCCAUGCCCUGUUACAGGGGGAGAGGGUCAAAAUGGAUCUCUACAUAUGUCUCACCUUUUGCGAUUAGUUUUACUUGAGCUGUUCUGUUCUUGUGUUGUCCCUUACCUUUCAGGUUAUUACAAAUUUACACUCAUUGUCAGCAGCCCAUAGCUUGCCAAAAUAAUGCCACAAGUUACCAUUUUUAUAAUGUAAAUAAAAUUCACAUGACUGCUACUGAGGCCACCAAUUGCAUUGAAACCAGUGAGACUUGCAAAACCUAAAAGGCUUUAUGGACAACAUAGUUCUAAACAUUGAUUGUGUAGACAUACAAUAUUUCACUAGAAGGAACAUGGAAGUUUAUCUAAUUUUGUAAUAAUUUACAAGACUGCAGUUGUCUGAUCAGGCUUAGUUUUGGAUGCUUUAGUGUAAAAAGCUUACCAUUUUUUGAGUACUGUAUGGAAAUUUUACUAAUCACUCAUGAAUGGGGUGGGAGGAGGGGCAAGAAGAGAAUGUUGCCAUGUUUCUAUUAAGUAAUAAUAAAAUAAACUUUGCAAGCUGCCUUUCCCCUGAAUGCGUUUUGCUUGAAUAAAACUAUGAAAAAUAAAUUUAAUUAUAUGUAGCCUAUUUGUAAAUGAAGUAAUAUUCCAACAAUACACACUGUGCUUCUAAUUUUAAGGCCUUAUGUAGUUUAAUUGUUCUGUUUGGUUUUUGUGAUUGAGUCUGUUGUACUUAAAUGGAGCUUCAAAUAUUGUGAAGACUUUGGUUAAUAUGUGUUGACUAACAGUAAACUAUAUUCCACACA